UCCUGAAGGCUUGUGUGUGUGUAGUGCUCUGACAAAGUUAGAGUUGGACGUUUUCCAUAAGCUCGAAUGCAAAGGACUUAUUCUUGUUUUCAAGAUGAAUGUGAAUCUGGGAUUCCAACUGAAGAGAGAAAAAGUUUGAUCCGACCACCAAGAGAGAUUCCUGCGAUGGCCCCAGAGCUGCUCACUGUCAUUUUGACUUCAGUGUCCUGUGUAGCAUUUUGUUUAGUGAUCCUGAUGCUGGUUGUGGUCCUGUACAGAAAAGACCCUCUCUGCUGCAGAUUCCGACCCUACACAGCAGAACACCACACAGAUGAACUACCUCAUUACAACAGCAGACACACACUGGUGGGCACUGGCUAUGAUGAGCACAGUGCUGCCAUGAACCAGGCUGCUGUCGGGCCGCAGGCUCCUGGAAGGCUGUUUAUCAUAGGGAAGCCAAAUGACUACCACAUGGAGGGGCCCCUGCCAAGGCUGCCUUCCUAUGAGAGCGUUCGCAGGAAGGACAGACAGAGGCAGAUCCACAGCAUGAUCGCACAGCGCUUCGGCCUCUUUGGCUGCCAUGAUGAGCCUCCACCAGCGUAUGAGGAAAGUCUUCCCCAGUGUCUGCGAUCUGUGGAUGUUCACUCCCAGGAUGAGCGCUCAAACCUGAGUGAGGACACUCACAGCCUCAGUUAAUCCAUCCACAGCACUCCCUGAUCCAUCCACCCCCCCCCCAACCCACUGCCCAGCUCUAAACUCCAGGUUUCUGUCUCUGCGAUUGUCCUCGAGUUCUUUGCCAAACCACAGCGUGAGGACAAGUGCUACUGUCUCUACUGUCUCUACUGUCUCUUCUGUCUCUUGCUGCUGAGCCAAGAGAACGAUGCCGUCAGGGACAAGAUAAGCGUUUCGGGGAAGGGAACGCUUGUUCUCUGAGACAGAGCUGCAGAUAGAAGCUUGUGAUUGUGGCUGGAGGUAUUUCAUGUUAAUGAGUCUGACUCAAGGGUGAGAGCAAUACAUCCCUGCAUUGUCCGAGCAAUUCUGGCUGGUUUUACAGUUUGCUUUUCCAAGAACCGUAUGAAAGGAGUUUUUAAAGUUUGACAAAUCAGUUUCUUUAGGAACGGACUGGAAUAUUUUUGUACUUUUCACUUUUAUUUAAUGUUUUUGAUUGUAAAUGUUUUGAAGCUGAAUAAUUGACUAAAUAAAAAUGUCACUACAGUUAUAAAAUCCCGCAGAAACUCUACAGAGAGUCACAGUGAAAGCAGAACUAGCUUGUCAUGGAAGAUAACUUAAUUCACAUUAUUUGUAAAGAUUUAAUUAACACCA